AUGAAUAUUGAAAGUAUAAGUUUAGAUCAGGAAAAUCCCGAAAAAGACUUAGAAGCAAUAAAAUUUUUAGGCCGUAAAAUCCCACCAAUAGGAUUUUACAUUGCAGGGCUAAUCCAAUGCAAGACAAAGCUAUCACUUAAUGUCAUCAUUAAAUUUUUAGACGAAUUUUAUGAAUCUAUAAACCUCAAAAGCAUAAAUGAAGAAUUACAAAAAAAAAUCGAAUUAAAACUAUAUGAAGGACUACUAGGAGAAGCAUAUAUCCUUCUCAAGGGCGAAUUGAAAAAAAAUGAGAUAAAAGAUCCAAUAAGUCCUCCUAUUUUUGAGCUCCCAAUAGAAGAGAAGAUUGAAGAAAUUGAAUUAACUUGCUCGAUUUGCAGUCAUAAAAUAAAUGGAGAGCAGCUGAAAUUGCUAGAAAAGUGUGAUCAUAUGUUUCAUUCGGUAUGCUUAGAAGGACACCUGCAAAAUUGUAUAUCGAGCAAAAUGUUUCCAAUAAAAUGCCCAUUAGAAUCCUGUGAAUCUGAAAUUCAAAUGAUUGAUAUGGAAUUUUUAUCUCCUGAACUUAAAAGACACUUUGAAGAAUACUCAACUCAACAACUGAUUUCAAGUGGAAUUUAUGGACAAUUUGUUCCAUGCCCAAAAUGCGGCGAACUUUAUGGGGUUUCUAAUCGUGACAGAGUUAACUGCACAAAAUGCAAACUUGAAUUUUGUAUAAAUUGUGAGAGAAAAAUCAUAAUUAAAUAUGAUAUCUUGGUUAGGGUAUGGAUUCCGGUAGUGCAGCCUCAAGCACAUAUUUAAUUAUAUCGGCAAUGUAUGACAAACCAGUAUGGACAGAAAUCUAGGUAAGCAAUUCUGCAAGCAUAUGGAGCCUAGCCCGAGUCCUUUUUCAGAUUAAAUUUUACCUUGUGUGGGGAAGGAGAGGCUUGGAGUUGGAAAGGGGAAGCCCUGCAAUGCCUUCUAGGCCAUUCGAUUAUUCUCCAGCGUAAAACAGGAGUUACGCCCUGGUCCUCAAGCUUUUCCUUUUUGCGGAGAAUCUGCUUUAAAUUUCAUAUUUUGGAAAUUUUGUGCAGGCAACCAAUCUCAGACCCGAGAGCUCUAAUGACAGGAGUCGAAAUCUGAACACCCGAAGCCGAGGGGCUAUUCAGUGGUGAAGCUGAGGUGUUGCACGAUGCAGCGAUGGAGGAGGAACCCGAAGCAAGGAGGGAAGCCAGUGGACCUCAAACAAAACCCUAAAUUAAUCAAGUUUCUGUGAAAGAAAAAUUAAUGAAUGCAGAUGCUUUAGAAACGCUCCCAUGUUUAACAGCAGAAAUGGCAAAUGAUGCCCAUUUUGUGCAUUGGAGUUCAAAACUAUCAAAGGUAAGCUUGCAAAGUGUGACGGGUGUGGGAACAUGUAUUGUAUCGACUGUCUUCAAAUAGCAAGUCUGUGCACUUGUAAUUAUGAGCAUUGGUAA